AAGCAGAUAAGGGGAGACACACUAGUGGAAAAGACUAGCGGGCGCCUCGUGGGGGCAAAAAGCCAAAAGAAGAAAUGGUAGUAUCAGUUUCCUCUAUUCAACCCCGCUUCAUCUCUACCUUGAUUGGAGACUGCCGCUUCAUUCAACCGUCACACUCACUCCAUAGACUCUUCCGUUACAACCCAGGUAAUAAACAUGUCUCCAUGCAAUACUCAAGAAGAUUUUCCGGAUUAACGGAUUUAUUAUUCAACAGAAGAAACGUAGAUGAACUUCCAAACACCAAGCGCAAACGUUUAAGACCAGGUGAAAUUUCUCCUCCUCGACCAGUUCCAGAACACAUACAAAGGCCUCCUUAUGUGAAGUCUAGGAAGCCUCCUGGGAUUGGUAGCGGCUUUGAAGUGCAUGGCGGAAAGGGAAUAGAAAAGAUGAGAGCUUCUGGAAGGCUUGCUGCACAGGUUCUUCAGUAUGCUGGGACAUUAGUCAAGCCAGGCACUAUGACAGAUGAAAUUGACCAAGCUGUUCACCAAAUGAUCAUUGACAAUGGAGCAUAUCCUUCACCUCUUGGUUAUGGUGGAUUUCCAAAGAGCGUGUGCACCUCAGUGAAUGAGUGCAUUUGCCACGGAAUUCCAGAUUCACGUCCACUUGAGGAUGGGGAUAUUGUCAAUAUUGACGUUACCGUUUAUCUUAAUGGUUACCAUGGUGACACAUCAGCUAUGUUCUUUGUAGGAAAUGUUGAUGAGGAAGCCAAAAACUUGGUGCAGGUGACUAAAGAAUGCUUGGACAAGGCAAUAUCAAUAUGUGCACCAGGAGUGGAAUUCAAUAAAAUUGGCAAGACUAUACAUGACCUUGCAGAUAAACAUCGCUAUGGGGUUGUGGAACAGUUUGUUGGCCAUGGAGUGGGACGUUCUUUCCACAGCGAUCCAGUCAUUCUACAUCACAGGAAUAAUAGCCGUGGACAGAUGGUGCUCAAUCAGACAUUCACUAUUGAGCCGAUGCUGACAAUUGGUAGCAUAGAGGGAGUAAUGUGGGAUGACAAUUGGACAGUUGUUACAGAAGAUGCUAGUCUAUCGGCACAGUUUGAGCACACCAUUUUGAUAACCCAAGAUGGUGCUGAGAUUCUAACUUAGUGCUAGUGAUAUUCCUGCAACAGCAACACUACAAUCCAUCAACCUAAAGGACAAUUCCUGAAAGUUAUGUUGCUGUACAAUUCAAUUCAUUGCCUCUCUUGGUAACUACAAUUCUCAACUCGCCCUGAUCUAGUUUUUGUGGUGCAUUUGUUGUACUAUUCUUUGGUUUGUGCUAUAGAAAUUACAAGUGUUAUUGCUACCCUACCUUGGACUAUAUAGGGUGAUUCAAUUCUUUAAUCCUUUUCUGGAUGUUACAUUUUCUCACUCAGAACCGCGUAUGCAACUCUGUAAUAUCUAAGCCGAAUGCUCUAUUUCAGACGCGAUUUUGUUA